AUGUACUUCCCUGCGCAGGGAAACAACUUCUUCCCCCUUGUCGCGUCGUACAACGAGCCUCCGCGCCAUCGACCGAAAACGCCGCUCUUCAUUCCCUUUACGAGAAACAACGCCAUGAUGCGACAGACUGUUCUCGGAUACAUUGCCAGUGGAUGGCCGAGAGAAGACAUCAUCAUCGUUGACAACAGCGGUACUGCCGAUGCCAACAACCUGAAGCUGCUGUCGCAGUCGAACCCCUUUUUCCUCGACUAUGACCUGUUCCGCUACAGAUACGGCGUCUCGAUACUGCAGACAUCCGUGCUUCUCAACUUUGCCCAGAUACAAAAUUUCCUGAUUAGGGUAGCAAUGGCUCGUCACUGGCCCUAUUUUUUCUGGAGCCACAUGGACGUCGGGAUCCUCAGCCACGAGGAAAGGACACCGUACGAGUCGUUCUACGAACGCGUCCUCAAGGUUCUCGACGAAGCCGAGUCUUCUCGCAUCUCGGGUGAAAGCAAAUGGGCCGUCAAGUUCUUCAACUUUGACUACCUCACGCUGGUCAACGUCGAGGCAUGGCGACAUAUCGGCCAGUGGGAUAUUUUCAUCCCCUACUACACUACGGACUGCGAUGCCUAUGGACGGCUGAAGAUGAUGGGCUAUAAGAUUGACGGUGUCGAUGCGGGCCACAUAUGGGAUGUAGCUGGCUUUGUCGACAACCCCGAAGAAAAGUUCUUCCCGCCUUCUCCGACGAAGAAGAACGACGGCGAGUCGACCAACGCCACGGACGAGGACGCGCCGAACUCUGAACGAUUCCAAGCUCUUAGAAAGGAGUUACAAAAGCUCCAAGAUGAAAAGCUGGGCAACUCCCACGGCCGCAAUACAUGGCAGAACAUGCAGAAAGGAGGAAAGGGGGAGCCGUGGACGUAUGAUCCUGCAGGCUUCCAGGUUGCUUGGUGGGAGAUGGCGGAGGAUGGGCGGAAGUUGUAUAAGAAUAAAUGGGGUACGAACAACUGCGACUUGUUGGCGGAGAAGAAGACUCUUGAAGACAUGUGGUCGAGCACAAAAAAAGGCGAUAGGUAG